AAUAAUAGGAACAUAAACAAACCACACAAUUUGAAAGAAUUCAAAACCAAACAAACAAAUAAAUAAAAUAACGAAACUAAACAAAUAAAAUAACAACCCAACAUUGAGCAGGCAUCCACUUUCCCUUUCCAUGGGCAAUCAGCAACACCAUGGAAUCCAAAACGGCAACCUAUGUUCCUAGCCAACAUCAUACCGUUCAUCUCCCCUGAUCUCAACCGAAACCCCCCAAACAUUGUCGAACACUCAAAGAAUUUAGCAACCCAUCACCACCUCAAAAGUAACCCACCGGUCUUCGUACCCCCACCCUAGAUAGUAGUAGCCCUCAAUACCCUUCCCCCCUUCAAACCCCAUUAAAGUUUCUUGCGAUGCCAUCAGAGAACAUCUCCACCAUUUCUUCCCCCAACUGUCAUUCGCGCCGAUCGUUGUCCAUCGCAUCCCUCGCAAAGUCCAACACACACCCUUCCAGAUAAGUGCUCCCACCUCUCAUCAACCCCUCUGUUGAUAGUAUAUGUGCAACUCUAUUCGCAUCCCUGGGAACAUGUCUAAAUGAGCAUCUUGUGAAGCCUUCUAUUUUUUUCUUUGCAUCGUAUAUAUAAGCCCCUAUAACCGGCCCAUCUUCAUUGCAGGACCUCAUCUUUUUUAUCACUGACAAGGCGUCCCCUUCUACCAUCACCUAUUGAAUCCCUAAAUCUAUCCCCAAACUUACUGCCUGAAGACAUGCAAGGGCCUCUGCUGCAAAACUCGUAGGGAAGAAAAUGUCGGUUCCUCUCACUGCUUCCCUUUAUGUUCCUGGCACACUCGAUGAUGCCGACAAAGUUCUUGCCGAUAUCCGCACCGGAUACUUCGUUGAGAAAACAAUGGAUGAAGGCAGAAAUUAUUGCGAGCGUAAGAUCAACUUAGUGAAAUCCAAUUUCGAUCUACUUAAUGAGGUUCUUUCCAGCAACUCGAGCAACCGAAUUAAGAAAAGAUAUUUUCAAAAUAUGACAAAAGGAGACUGAAUAUGACUUCUGGGAACGAUACAAGAAGUUAUGUGCAAUCUGCCUACAACACGACCUAACUGAACAAUCAUUUCUUCAAUACUUCUAUGACGGGUUACUUUGUAUGAAAAUGAAGAUAAUUGAUGUCACCAAUAGAGGGGCACCUGUUGGCAUGACUCCUCAAAGAAUAAGGGAAUUAAU